AUGCUGGUCUCUUACUUUGUCGAUCAAGCGGCACUGGGCAUAAAGAAGUGUUUAGCUAAGCAUGUUCCCGAUUGGCCAGGGAAACCCCUAAGCGAAGUAGUUCGCCUGGCCACUUUUGUGUUCAAUGCUAGGGACGAGGAGAUAGCUAAGGAAAAACGUAAGCAAAAGAAGGAGGAAGUAACCAAUGAUUUGAAAGACAUUGUUUUGCCUAGCUCCUCUGUUCUAGUCCAAUAUGUGGAUGAUUUGUUGAUUGCUAGCUCUGAUUAUAAUGCGUGUUUAGCUGAUUCUGUUACUCUGCUUACUGCAUUAGCUAAUAAGGGCCCCCGUGCAUCUCCAUCCAAGCUGCAGCUGUGCCAAACCCAGGUGAUCUAUUUAGGUUUAGUGAUUCAGCCUGGAGAGCAUUUACUCUCCCCUGAUAGGGUGCAGGCAAUCCAGGAUUACCCGUGCCCUACUACAAAAAAGCAGUUGCGGGCUUUCCUGGGGGCUGCGGGGUUCUGCCGACCCUGGAUACUGGCCUUUGGGGAAUUGGUGAAACUGUUAGUCCAGGCCACCACAACUUCUAACCCCUCCUGUUCUCUGGACCCGGAGAUGGAAGCCGCUUUCGCGUCCACAAAGAAAGCCCUGAUCUCUGCACCCGCCUUGGGACUCCCGGAUUACGGUAAACCAUUUUUUCUCUUCAGUCACGAGCAGUGGGGAGUGGCCAGUGGUGUCCUAUUGCAGUACCUAGGGGAUCGCCCACGCCCCAUAGCUUACUAUUCCGUACAAUUAGACCCUGUCAUUCGGGGAUCAGUCUCCUGUGUGCGGUCCAUUGCCACUGCAGCCCUUAUGGUGGAACGGUUACGCCCUAUUGUUCUGGGGCACCCUUUGACUGUCUGGGUCCCCCACGAGGUUGAGGUUCUCUUAAAACAGCAAAGAACGCAGACACUGUCUCCACAGCGGGCACACAAAUACGAGCUGAUUCUGCUGGCUGCUGGCAACAUCACCCUUCACCGCUGCAACGUCCUCAACCCUGCUACACUGAUACCCCUUCCAGAGGAUGGCACGGCUCACCAUGUGUGUAUGGAUGUCAUCACUGAGAGCGGUAAGCCUCGCCUGGAUUUACGUGACCUCCCUCUGAAAAACCCCGACCUGUCCCUUUUUACCGAUGGCUCCUCCUUCUAUUUGGAGGGCCAGCGGGUUUCCAGCUAUUCCGUCACUACUCAGACAACUGUUGUAGAAGCAGCCCCCCUUCCACCUUCCUUCAGUGCUCAGGGCGCGGAAUUGCAUGCUCUUACUAGGGAUUGCUUGUUGUCUGUUGGGAAAUCUGUUACCGUUUAUACAGACUCUAGAUAUGCCUUCGGGGUUUGA